AUGACAGUAUCCAAUACUAUCAAAAUAUUAAGAACAGUACAACAAGUUCGUCAAUGGAGAGCACAAUGUUUUUUACGAAAUGAAUCAGUAGGAUUUGUCCCCACUAUGGGAGCAUUACACGCUGGUCAUUGUUCAUUAAUUAAUCAAUCGAUUAAAGAAAAUGAUAAAACCGUCGUUUCAAUAUUUGUUAAUCCUUCACAAUUUGCUCCUCAUGAAGAUCUUGAUAAUUAUCCUCGAACUUUAGAUCAUGAUUUACAAAUCUUACAAACUAACAACAACAACAACAACAACAACAAAAUCGUGGAUGCAGUAUUUGUUCCAAAAGUUUCAGAAAUGUAUCCUUCAGGGAUCUCAUUAGAUAUUGGUAAACAACGAGGAGCAUUUGUAACGGUUCAUGGAUCAUCUGAACAAUUAGAAGGUAUCACUAGACCACAAUUUUUCCGUGGUGUAGCUACCGUGGUAACAAAAUUAUUAAAUAUUGUUCAACCAACAAAUAUUUAUUUUGGUCAAAAAGAUGCUCAACAAUGUGUUGUUAUACAAAAUUUAGUCAAAGAUUUAAUAAUAAAUACUAAUGUUAGAAUCAUGCCUACAUUAAGAGAAUCAAAUGGAUUAGCUAUGUCUUCAAGAAAUCAAUAUUUAUCUCAAGAAAUGAAAGAUAAAAGUUCAUUAAUUUAUCAAGGUUUAAAAACUGGUGAAAAUUAUUAUCUCAAUCAUAGUAAAGAUAGCGGUGAUAAAGUUUCAGCUAAUGAAAUUUUACAACAGAUUAAACCUAUUAUAAGUUCUGAUCCUGAUUUCGAUAUUGAAUAUAUAGCUGUUAGUCAUCCAGAAACUUUAGAAGAUCUUGAUUAUGUGGUGCCUGGUACUGGUGCAAUUGUUUCCACUGCUGUUAAAGUACCUAAAGAAAACUCUGAUGAAAAGGCAAGAUUAAUUGACAAUAUUAUCUUACAUUAG